AUGCCUGCCACUCACUCCUCAACCCAGCGUCGCUCUUCUCUCAAAUGUCCUGCCCUCAGCCACAAUCCUAUUCGCAGCCUUUCCCUACCGACUCACCAUGAAAAGCCUCAAAAGAGCAACCGUGUCCGCUUUGCGAUCUGCACUCGUGCUCCACAAGCUGAAACUCCCCGCCGCCCACUUAAUGCACCGGGUUCAAAACAACAAACGCGCCCUAAAGUCGGCCCACUAGCCCCAACGAGGAUCCCUUGCCGGAUUCAAUCUGGGAGACCAAAUGGAAUCUCUCCUCGCGCUAGAAAAGAACGCAGCCAAGCCGAACGAAACCAGAGGUCUAAAACUCUCCAAGCCACCCAACGAGCUCAUCAGCGACCCCGGCGAGUCUCGAGCAGCCAUCUUGAACGCACUCGAGCGUCGUCAGAUGGGCAAUACCCAAACGCGACAUUACCAUUAUACAUUCCAAGCCAUUCACGCGCCGCCUUAUCCCCUUGUCUAUCCUCUCCCUCCAAAAUCAACUGUUCAAUCUCCUCAUCGAAUCCCGGAGGCUGCGAAAAACUGCUCCAAAAAAUACAUCGUCCAGUUCCAGCAUCAAUCGACCAGAACCACCAGCCUGCCUCUCCAGACUCUGUCAUGGAUCUGGGCUUGAAGGCCCAGAGCAUCAAAGCGUAUACUUUGUCCCCCUCCUGGUGCUCCCCAAACAUUCACAGUGCGGUUCACAAGUACAAUGUCUCGAGAAGCAAAACCCAAACAACCGACAACGAAAUCCUGUCCAUAUUCCUCAAAAACAAUGGAGGUUAUCUUGACGAUAGUGAUGAUGAAGAUGAUGAGGAAGAGGAGGAAGAGGAGGAAGAUUCCGAAGAGGCAGAGGAAUCCUUCACGUCUGUCAGAGCCACCGUCGCGUUCCUCAAGAGGAUCCCAUUGUAUCCCUUCGAGUUCCGCAAACCAACGUCGCUCUCCUACUCUGAGCAAUUCAACGAUCUCUCAAUUCUCGACAUCUCCACUAGUCGAUCUGCUUCUGAUUCUUCGACUAGUCCCUCCGAGUCCCAGGCUCAUUCUUCCCCCCCGCGCUAUUACUGGAAUCGCGUCCUGCCUACCACCCCCGUCACUCCUACUCCUAAAACUCGGUCUCGUUUCACUUUUUAUAAAAAAUGA